AUGCGGUGGCAGCCACGAGUGUGUGACCAGGACAGGCAGGAGAAGGAUUUAGGCUGCUGGAGCAGAAAGAUCCAGAUCCGAAACAUCCCUCCGCACCUGCAGUGGGAGGUGCUGGAUGGCCUGUUAGCUCAGUAUGGGACUGUGGAGAACGUAGAGCAAGUCAACACAGAUACAGAAACAGCUGUUGUCAACGUAACGUAUGCAACUAAAGAAGAAGCAAAAGUAGCAAUUGAGAAGCUGAAUGACCACGAGUUUGAGAACUAUUCCUUCAAGAUUUCCUACAUCCCGGAUGAAGAGGUGAGCUCCCCUCAGCCCCCUCAGCGAUCCCGCCGCGGGGGCCACUCUUCCAGGGAGCGGGGCUCCUCCCCAGGGGGCUCUUCACAGCCCAAACAGCUCGAUUUCCCACUGCGGAUGCUGGUGCCCACGCAGUUUGUUGGUGCGAUCAUAGGAAAGGAGGGCUUGACCAUAAAGAACCUUACUAAGCAAACCCAGUCCAAGGUUGACAUCCAUCGGAAGGAGAAUGCUGGUGCUGCUGAAAAGCCUGUCACCAUCCAUGCCACGCCAGAGGGGUGCUCCGAAGCGUGUCGUAUGAUCCUUGAUAUCAUGCAGAAGGAGGCUGAUGAAACUAAAUCAGCAGAAGAGAUUCCCUUGAAAAUCCUAGCGCACAACAGUCUGGUGGGGAGGUUGAUUGGCAAGGAGGGCCGCAACCUCAAGAAGAUCGAGCAGGACACAGGCACGAAGAUCACCAUCUCACCUUUGCAGGAUUUAACCAUUUAUAAUCCCGAGCGGACCAUCACGGUGAAGGGCAGCACGGAGGCAUGCUCCAAUGCUGAAGUGGAGAUCAUGAAGAAGUUGCGAGAGGCCUACGAGAACGAUGUGGUGGCCGUCAAUCAACAAGCCAACCUGAUCCCAGGACUGAACCUCAGUGCUCUGGGCAUCUUCUCCACGGGGCUGUCCAUGCUCCCAUCAACCCCAGGGGCCCGAGGGGCUGCAGCGGCUGCCCCAUACCACCCGUUUGCUCUGCCAGAGCAGGAGGUUGUGAAUUUGUUCAUCCCAACACAGGCGGUGGGGGCCAUCAUUGGGAAGAAGGGGCAGCACAUCAAACAGCUGGCACGUUUUGCCGGCGCCUCCAUCAAGAUUGCCCCGGCAGAAGGUCCUGAUGCCAGUGAGCGGAUGGUCAUCAUCACAGGGCCACCCGAGGCUCAGUUCAAGGCCCAGGGGCGAAUAUUUGGGAAGCUGAAAGAGGAAAACUUCUUUAACCCAAAAGAAGAAGUGAAGCUUGAAGCCCACAUCAAGGUGCCUUCCUUCACUGCCGGCCGCGUGAUAGGCAAAGGUGGCAAGACGGUGAACGAACUGCAAAAUUUAACUAGUGCAGAAGUCAUUGUACCACGAGACCAAACCCCAGACGAGAACGAGGAGGUCAUCGUUAAAAUCAUUGGGCAUUUCUUUGCUAGUCAGACUGCACAGCGCAAGAUCAGGGAAAUCGUACAGCAGGUGAAACAGCAGGAGCAGAAACACGCUCAGGGAGCCCCGGCCUCGCAGCACAGCAAGUGA